AUGGAGAUAAACCAAAAUAGGAGUACUGUCGAUACAACGAUAUCUGAAGAAUCUGAGGUGGAUUUCUUUCCCUACGAUCCAGAGGUGACAGAUUUAACUUUAGUUGUGGAAGAAAAAAAGAUACAUGUGGCCAAAGUCGUGCUCAUGGAUGCAUCACCCGUAUUCCGAAAAAUGUUUACUGACGACUUUAAAGAGAAAAACGCAAUUGAAGUUGAGCUUCCUGGGAAGGAAUAUUCCAGUUUUAUUUUGUUUCUGAGAUGUAUUUUUCCGAGGGAAUAUGUUACUCUUUCUGAGAAACGUUUUGCAAAGCUUUUACCACUAGCACACGAGUAUGAUGUGAAGUGCAUUUUAAGGGAAUGUGAAUCAUGGCUUUUGACUGAAACUGAGUUCAAAAAAGCAAAAGUACAGAACCAUUAUAUAAAUGUUGAAAAUGAUGUCGAAUACCUUAUGAAGUGUAUAUAUUAUGGCAAUGAGUACUGCUUGAGAGAAUUGUAUGAUAAAACUUUCCAAACAAUGAUUCCACAUAAGCUUACCAGAUAUAUGACAAAUAUAUUCUACAAGAUGCUUCCUGAGAAAAAACUUAUAGAAAUACGACUAGCAACUAUUGAAACAAGGGUGACAUUAUUAAAUGAAAAAUCAGGGGACAGUGAAGAAAAACCAGCAACCCUCAGGUGGAUUCAUUUUCGGAACACAAAGUGUUACCUCAGCAUCAUCAACUCCUUGCACAAAAUGUCUUUUUAUGUUCAGCAGAUUUAUUCAUAUAAGAAGCUUAUUAUUAAUUAG